AUGCCGCAGUACCUGAGAAUAGCUUUCAGGUCACUAUGGUUCAAUAAGAAUGACGAGAUCAUGCCAUUAUUCCGCCUGCUCCGCUGGAAUGUGAAGCCUGAAUCCUUUUCAAAGCGUCCGGCCUCGUCCAUGGCAUUCCGACGCCUCCCAAAAGCGUGCGUCCUCGAAGUCGAGAGAAAAUUUCGUUCGCUCGCAGUCCCCAAACUGACUCGAUAUGGCGGCCUUCCUCAUUUCAAGAGUCUCCAGAGUCUCCCCGUCGAAGUAAUCCACGACUCCUACUACGACAAAUCCGGCCUCCUCUCCAAGUCGGGAGCUUGGGUACGAAAACGAAACGGAAUCUGGGAGGCAAAGCUCAAAAAGGGCGGAAACUUCUUGAACUCAAAAUUCGAAGAGCUCAGCGGCAUCGAAAAUAUAUCCGCAUACAUCAAACACACCACCGGCAUAGAUGACUCAGAAAGCCGCAACUUUGGCCUCGAGCCCAUUGCCGUCUUUACCACAACGCGCGAAGCCUGGAUUGCCGACGAAGAGUUCCAUAUUGUCCGAGAUAUGAUGGACUUUGGCCACGAGGUCGGCGAAGUCGAGCUGCAAAAGGCACUGGUCGGCGUCGAUGGGGGAGAGCCGACUGAGCAGCAGAAGCAGGACGAGAUGCAACUCAUGGAUGAGAGGAUCGCUGCGUUUAUGAAGACCUAUGCAUGGGCAAUUACGCCGGGCCGACCAACGGGAAAAGUUACAGCGUACUUUGAGUGGAAGCGGAGAAAUGGUGCCUGA